GUGGAUCAGUGGACCCUUGGAAUGCUGGGCAGGAUGGACCUACGAGAUUAUCAGUGGGAGGUCAUUGAGCCUGCCCUCGAGGGCAAGAAUAUAAUUAUUUGGCUGCCAACAGGAGCUGGGAAGACCAGGGCAGCUGCGUGUAUCUGUAAGAGGCAUUUGGAGAGCCUAGAUGAGAGCAAGGUUGCUGUGUUGGUCAAUACGGUGCCUCUUGUAGAUCAACACCUGAAGAAUGAGUUCAGCUUCCUGCAGAAUCGCUUCCAGGUUACUGCCAUCAGUGGGGACAGCACCUUGAAGCUGUUCUUCGCAGAAGAGCUGAAGCGCAGUGAUUUGAUCAUCUGUACAGCCCAAAUCUUACAAAAUGCCCUCCAGAGUGAAGAGGAGGAAAUGCACGUGAAGCUGACGGAUUUCUCCUUGCUGGUGAUUGACGAGUGCCACCAUACCCACAAGGAAAGCACGUACAACAAGAUUAUGGAGGACUACCUGGAGCGCAAGAUAAAAGGCCAGCAGAACUUGCCACAAAUUGUGGGGCUCACUGCCUCGCUGGGCACGGGAGGGGCCUACACCAUGAAGGGAGCUCAAGACCAUAUCCUACAGAUCUGUGCCAACCUGGACGCUGAAAAAAUCAUGUCCUCUGAUAAAUACAAGUUCUACCUUAACACUCAUGUCCCACAACCUAAGAAGCGGUAUGAUGUGACUGAAGAACGGCCCCUGGAUCCCUUUGGUAGAAAGAUCAAGGAGAUAAUGUCCCAGAUCCAUACUUACCUGAAUAAGCCUGACUUGUCUACAGAUUUUGGCACUCAGAUAUAUGAGCAACAUAUUGUGGAGCUUCAGAAAGAAGGAGCAGAAGGAUUCUGCCGAAAGACCAGAGUAUGUGCCUUGCACCUGCGUAAAUACAAUGAUGCCCUGCUGAUCAAUGACACUGUGCGUAUGAUCGAUGCCUUCCAAACUCUGGUUGAGUUUUACCAGGUGGAGAGAGCUAUGAAGGAGCUAGAGGAUGUCACUGAGCGCUACUUGAUGCAGAUCUUUGACCGGAACAAGGAGGACCUCUUGGCCCUAGCUAACAAUACACGCUAUGAAAAUCCCAAACUUGAGAAACUGCAGCAAGUCCUCCAGGACCAGUUCCAAGCAGACAGAGACUCGCGGGGCAUUGUGUUUGUCCGAACACGCCAGGGUGCUCACUCCCUACUCCAGUGGGUGAAUGAUAAUGUGGAUCUGCAACGACAGGGCAUCAUGGCUGCUGUCCUAACUGGGGCUGGGUUCAGCAACCAGACCAAACACAUGACCCAGCAUGCGCAGCAAGAUGUCAUCCAGAAAUUCCGCAAGGGGCCACUCAAUCUGCUCUUCUCCACCAGUGUAGCCGAGGAGGGGCUGGACAUCCCUGAGUGCAAUAUCGUGGUCCGCUAUGGGCUGAUGACCAACGAGAUCGCCAUGAUGCAGGCCAGGGGUCGUGCCCGUGCCCCCAACAGCAUCUGUUCGAUCUUGGCCAAGGCCAACAGCAAGGAGGUGGCCCGUGAACAGCUCAACGAGACCCUGGAAGUCCUGAUGGAGAACGCUAUUAAGUGGGUGCAACAGAUGCCUCCAUGGGAAUAUAGUCAGACGAUUGCAAAGCUUCAGCGUGACGCUGUGCUUGGCAGCAAGAUGAGAGACAUUGAACGUGAGAAGCGACGCCAGCUGCAUGAUCCAGAGCUUGUGCGACUCUACUGCAUCAACUGCAAUGAGGCCGUCUGCCAUGGCUCUGACCUGCGCAUGGUAGAGAAAUCUCACCAUAUAAACAUCAACCCCAACUUCAGACUGUACUACAAAAAGUCUCCUGACCAUGUGGUGAUUCCUCGCAACUUCAAGGACUGGAAGCCAGGCAGCUCCAUUAGCUGCAAUAUGUGUGGGCAGGUUUGGGGAAUGGAAAUGAUCUACAAAGCAGUCACCCUGCCUAUGCUUGCUGUUAAAAACUUUGUGAUAGAAAGCCCAGAUGGCAAAAGGACCUAUAAGCAGUGGAGCAAAGUUACUUUUGCCAUUGAGAAGUUUGACUAUACUCAGUAUUGUGAAACCAAAUUUGAACUGGAUGGUCCGGACCCUUAAAGCUUAAAGGAAAGCACUGCUCUUUUGGAUAAAGCGGUCGUCUAUAUUAGCUGGUGUUGUUUUAAGACUUCCUAGCUCAUUAUACAAGUACUGCGGAGUCAGCCUGGAUGGUGAGUUGAGCCUUGAAUCGGGGAGACCUGAGUUCAAGUCCUGCCUCUGUCAUGGAUUCAUGGCUUGGUCUUGUAUGAAUCAAAUUUGCUGUCAGCCUCUGAAUUCUUGUAAGAGUGACCCGACCCCCAGUGCCAGAGGAUGGAUACAAGAGAAGACUGUGGAGCACCUUGGAAACAAGGCUGUGUUAUCUAAGAAAAAAUACUCAAGUAAUAAAAGUGCAGUUUAAA